ACAUACACUUGCAGCAUGAACAACUCGACUGAGCGUUCUUCUUCAGAGGAAAUGGCCCCUGAGGAGUUUGACGGCGGGACAGCGGUGGCUUGUGUGAUCCUGGGUCUGUCCUUCCUGGUCGGAGCUCCGGGGAACCUGCUGGUGAUCUGGACUAUCCUGAGACACGUCAAGCAGCGUUCCCACACUGUGGUGCUCAUCCUGCACCUGGCUGCUGCGGACCUGCUGGUCCUCAUCACACUGCCUCUUUGGAUAUACUCCCUGGCCCACUACUGGGUGUUUGGAGAAGCCUGCUGCAAAGCCAUGGUGUUCAUGAUCAACGCCUGUAUGUAUAGCAGCGUUUUCCUCAUUACCCUCAUGAGUGUGGAGCGCUUUGUGGCCGUGCGCUAUCCCUUUGCCUCAGCUGGCUGGAAGAGGAAAAGAGCUUUGAAUAAAGUUCUGCUGGUUCUGUGGACGGUGGCAUUCUUGUUCAGCAUACCUGUCAUCCCAACUCAGGUUGUAGGGAAGGAUUCUGGUAAGGAACACUGUCUGUACCGGCAGUACACUUCUGUGAUCCAGGAGCUGGUGUUUGUGUUGCUGGAGACACUGGUGGGCUACAUAGUACCCUUCUUUAUCCUUGUGGUCUGCUAUGGCUGCCUAUGCAGCCGGAUUACUCAAAUGACCUUCAAGUCCAAGCGCAAGUCCACAGUCCUGAUCGCCAGUGUCGUAGUUGUGUUUGCCAUUUGUUGGACGCCUCAUCACCUAGGAAAUCUCCUCUCACUCAUCAUCCUGGCCAUUGAAACCUCCCGCCCAGACGCAGCAGCGAAUCUGGAGAGCAUUAGAAGCACCAUGGCCUUCAUCGCUGGAGCCAUGGUCUUCAUCAGCAGCACUGUUAACCCCAUCCUCUACAUGUUCGCGGCUCGCUCCUUCAGGAGUUCCCUGCGUGACACCGGCAUCCAGAAGCUCUUCCGCCAUAUCUCCAGCACCUCCCCAGGUGAGGGCAAUAAAGAGUUGUCCUUUGUGUCCAAGAGACAGAGCAACCCUACCAACAGUUCUCAGUGUAUGUCUGAGUCAAAAGACCAGAUUGACAUAUUAAUAAAAAUGUGCGAAAAUAAUCCGUCCUGAUAUUGAACAUGUAUGUAGUGUCUGUGCUGUGUGUAUAUAUUAAUGUGUAUAUUGUAUGUAUUUUAUUGUAGAGGAUGUUGUGCCUGAAAUGAAGCUCAUUGUGUAUGAAAUUAUAACACAGAAAAACAGGAAGUCGGAGUUUAUCUGUCCAAUACUUUGCCAACCCUGUAAAUUACCUAGUUUUGUUUGUUUUCUAAAAGUUUGACAUGUUUGUUUUUUAAAUGGUGAACAUAUAUUUAUAAAAAUAUCAUAUAGUGUGUACUUUAUUCCAUAUAGUAUUCAUAAAUUGUACAAUAAAUAACUCUAUAUGCAAAAUA